CACAUUUUGCUUAAGUACAAUGUUUAGGAUACCUUUCCUCUCAUAAUACUCCAUUCUACUUAGCUGGAUUCAUGAUCCACCUUUGUGAAAAGUUAUAAAAGAAAAAAAAACAAGUAGAAUACUGAAAUUGCUAAAAAAACAAAAAACCAUUGCUUACAUAAUUAAUUAGGAUAGUAUCUUUUCUUUGAAUAUCUUUGACUUAUUGACAUUUUCUAUUCAGAAGACCUUUCAGUUUCCUAUAUUUGGCGCCUAUCUAUCAAACCAAACAUCACUCUCUGCUCUGCACUUUCAUUACACUUUUCUUCAGUUUCUCUCUCUCUCUCUCUCUCUCUCUCUCUCUCUGUCUCUUCCGUUUUCAUUUCUCCCUGUUUCUUCCAUAACUACGCCAUUACUUCUUACACACUCUUUCAGUUUUGUCUUUUUUUUCUCACCUUCUUGCAUACCCCAUUGUCAUAACUUCUCUAGGUUGAUUCUGCUGUGGAAAAAAGGAACGAUUUUGCUUCGUGGGUAUCAUCGUUUUUUUACCAUGGCGAGUAGCAGGACUCGUAGCAAGAAGGCGACGCAGUUCUGUAGUCUCCCACUGAGAGGAUCAAUAUUCGGUAAAUCCAAGCGUGGAAGGAAGAAGAGAGUGCAGGAAAAUGAAGGUGAGCCUCGUGUGCCUUAUAUCAGUUUAAGCUCCAGUGAAGAAGAAGAUGAUGAAGGGGUCUCUGUUUUGAGAAGUGUAACUGAAAACAAGGGUGGUUUUGGAGCUGCUGAGGGGAAACAGUGGAGGAGAAGUGGUUUGAAGGGGAAAAGGGUAGCUGAAUAUGAUGUUGUAUUUAUGGGAGAAUGUGUAGAUACAGGAGAAGUUGGUUCUGGCUUUGGUAGUAAGCGAAGGAAGGAAUCGGCAGAGAUGAUUGAAAUCGGUGAUAGUGAUGAUGAUAAUGGGAGUGAAAUGGGUAGACAGGUGCCUGUGCAUGGUGUUGAUGUUAAACAAGAAGAACAAGACAUGGAUGUGGAUGUUAAAGGUAAACAACAUGUUGUGGUUGUGAGUAGUUCAGAAAAUGAAGAUAGUGGGAGUGAUUCCGAGAAGAAUGUAUUUGAGGGUUUUGUUGGUGGUGGAGAGGGAGACAAGAGUGAGAGAGGUGAAAUGUGUCCUGAAUCUGACGACCAAGGUCGAAAUUUUCACAGUGAUGGAUGUGGUUGGGCACCUGGAGUACCGCUUGUAUUUCAUUUGGAUGGAAAUCAGAGUGAGGAUAUAAGUAGUGAGGCUCAAAGUGGUUCAGCUGGUGAUGGAGAUGUUGGUGAUGAUAUUGGAUCUUCCUCUGAGAGUGCGGAUGAAAACUCCAGUGAUGAGGAUUUUAGAGCUGAGGAGGUAUCAGGUUCGAACCGCGAGUCUUCUUCGUCUGAUGAGUCUUCCUCUUAUGAUGAUGACAAUGAGAAGCGGCGGCGGGGUAGACCACCUAGAUGUUCAGAAUGUUCAGGAUGUUCUAGGCCUUCUAAUGAUCAAGCACAUGAGGAUAAGAAGAAACAAGAUAGCUCUAGAUCUCAUCAUAAAGUGUUGUUACGAAGAAGGACAAGAGAUUCAACAAAGGUUGAUAACAGUGAGAGGGCUGAUAAUAGUGAGAAAAUUAGUCCCAUUGCUGAUGCUAGUGACAGUGUGAUUGGGGAUCUUGGCACUCAUGGAGGAGGAGAAGAGCAUCAUGAUAAAAAGGGGUUUGAAGAAAAGGUUGAUAAUGUGUUGUUACGGAAAAGGACUAGAGUUUCAACAAAGGUUGAUAACAGUGAGAGGGUUGAUAAUAGUGAGAGAAUUAGUCCCACUGCUGAUGCUAAAGACAGUGAGAUUGGUGAUCUUGGUACUCAGGGAGGAGAAGAAGAGCAUCAUGAUCAAAAGGGGUUUGAAGAAAAGGGUGAUGAUACUCAUCAGGUAGAUAUCCCGCAGCGAGCUUAUGAGGAGAAACCCCCAUUGAAGCGCAACUUCAUGGAGGAUGAACCAUUGGAUAAUUUGUGGGCUGAGAUGGAUUUGGGGCUUAGAUCAGAUGACGAAGGUUCAGUUGUUAGAACCGCGUCUUUAUUGCCAAGAAAAAAAGACAAGAUGGGAAGAGGGUCAGCUAAACUUGCUGAUACUAAUGAGCGUGUGAAUGCGAAUCUUGGUACUCAGGGAGGAGAUUAUCAUCGUGGCAAAGGUUCAGUUGUUAGAAAUGUUUCUUCAUUGGCAAGAAAACAAGAAAAGCUGGGAGAGUCAGCUGAACAUAUAAUCGUGGAGAUCAGGGAAAGGAUUCGCAAGGAUCAAAUUAACAGCAGCAAUCAUGAAAAGAAGGCAUGGGGAGAUAAAAAGAUUGGUCACAAAGAUGGGCAUCACAGGUUCCAUAGGAUUCCAUUGAAGCGGAAGGAGCAACGUUUACUUGACCUCCUUGCUGAAUGCCUUCUGGGAAAGAAAAAGGAAACCAACAUUGAUAGAAAUGGGUUCGAAGAACAGGAUGAUGAUAAUCCUCAGGUAGAUACCCAGCCACCAGCUUAUGGGGAGAAACCCCCAUUGAAGUGGAACAUUAAGGAGGCUGAAACAUUGAAAAAAUCGGCGUCUGAGGAAGAGUUGGAUACUUUGUGGGCCGAGAUGGAUUUGCAGCUUAGAUUAGGAGAAAUCAAUUCCCCGGUUGGCAUUAAAGGGAAAAAUGAAGGAAGGGAAAAUCAAACCUUUAUUUGUAAGCACGACUUUCGUCUUGACGAUGAGAUUGGAGAAAUUUGCAGAAAAUGUUCUUGGGUUUCCACUGAGAUAAAAUAUGUCUGGCCACCGGUGGUGGAUGAAAUUCCUUCCAAAGGGUCACGGAAUAGGGUGUCAUCUGGUGUAGAUGAUGUCUUGCGCUCGUAUGACGCUCGGUUCAAUGCUUCUGAUGGUGACAAAGACGGUGUUUCCCCUAAAAAUGAAGGCACAGUUUGGGACCAGAUUCCUGAUGUCAAACAAAGCUUAUAUCCUCAUCAACAAGAAGGCUUUGAGUUCAUUUGGACGAAUCUGGCCGGAACCUUGGACUGUCAAAGUCUGAAAACUGCUGAUCCUUCUAGUGCGGGUGGGUGCAUUAUUUCCCAUGCUCCUGGAACCGGAAAGACACGGUUGACCAUUGUGUUUCUUCAUACAUAUUUGGAAGUCUUUCCGAAAUGCCGGCCGGUUAUUAUAGCUCCUGCUAGUAUACUGAAUACAUGGGAAGAUGAGUUCAAAAAAUGGAACAUAGGUGUUCCAUUCCACAACCUCAACACCCUUGAAUUAUCUGGAAAAGAGCACUGUGAUGCCACUCAAGAAGUUGACUGCUCUGGAUCUGUGCAUAAGAAUAAGGAUGCCGUACGUAUGGCGAAGCUGUAUUCAUGGUUUAGAGAGAAGAGCAUUCUGGGAAUCAGCUACCAAUUGUAUGCGAAGCUCGCUGGGGGAAAUUCCAAAAAGAAAAACAGGAACAUGGGAAAAGAGAAGAAGCAUGCGAGUAUGAAUGAGAACCCUGAAGCUGAAACCAGUGUUCUAGAAAAAGUUCUGCUUGAAGUUCCUGGUUUACUAGUUCUAGAUGAAGGGCACACGCCUAGAAAUCAGCGCAGUUCUAUUUGGAAUGUUCUGUCGAGAAUUCAAACUCAGAAGCGGAUCAUUCUCUCUGGCACUCCUUUCCAGAACAAUUUUGUGGAACUCUACAACACUCUUUGCUUGGUGAAACCAUCCUUUCCUGACAUGAUACCGCCGGAACUCAAAAAGUUCUGUCAGAGUAGACUAAUGCAGGAAAGGAAAGCAUCUCAAGAUUUCACUUGGGAACAGGUCUCUCCGGGAAACAUCACAACAGGAAAUCCUUCUGAUGUAAAGAUACAGCAGUUGAAAUUGUGGAUGGAUCCGUUCGUUCACGUUCACAAAGGAAGCAUUCUUCAAGAAAACCUUCCUGGUUUGAGGGAUUGUGUGCUGAUUUUGAAGCCUGACAGUUUGCAGAAAGAAAUUCUAGAGAGCAUUGAAAGUUCUCAGAGCCUCCUCAACUUUGAACAUAAGUUAGUUCUCGCAUCUGUCCAUCCGUCGCUUUUCCUCUGCUGUACUUUGACAGAGAAAGAAGAAUCUGUUGUUGACAGGGACCGGUUGGAAAAACUUAGAUCGAACCCUUAUGUAGGUGCCAAAACCAGAUUCUUGGUAGAGUUUGUGAGGCUGUGUGAGGCGGUCAACGAGAAAGUUCUUGUGUUUAGCCAAUUUAUUGAUCCUUUGAAUUUAAUCAUGAACCAACUCAAGUCAAAUUUUGAUUGGAUUGAGGGGCAGGAAGUGUUGUGUAUGUGUGGAAAGCUUGAUCAAAAGAAAAAGCAGCACAUGAUUCAUGGCUUCAAUGAUGAAAAGAGCCGAGCAAAGGUGCUUCUUGCAUCCACAAAAGCCUGUUCAGAGGGAAUCAACUUGGUUGGCGCUUCGAGAGUCGUGCUCCUGGAUGUUGUGUGGAAUCCAUCAGUGGAAAGGCAAGCUAUUAGCCGAGCGUAUAGACUUGGCCAAAAGAAGGUUGUUUACACAUAUCACCUAAUCACACAAGACACCGCUGAAUAUGCAAAGUAUUGUAAACAGGCCGAAAAGGACCGGAUAUCUGAACUGGUUUUCUCAGAUCGAAAUGCUGAAAAUGAUAGAUCAAAGAGUGGUGCAGUAAAUUUAGAGGAUAACGUUCUUGAUAUGAUGAAAGAUCAUGACAAACUCAAGGACUUGUUUGGUGAGUGUGUGGUACAACCAAAGGAGAAAUAUUUGAUUGAGAGUUUUGGCUCUUGAUUCGUUGAGGACUUAAAUUGAUUAAAAAUGGUUGUGCAUGAUUCAGUCAUCUUUUUGUUUGUGGCAGUUAAAUGUUACACUUCUGUUCUGUAUACAGUUACAACUCUGCUAAAUGCCUAAAUAGUUGAAUAUUUUUUGUAUGUGCAAGGGUCACUUUCUUUGUUGCACCAGUUAUUUCUAGGAUAAUUAGUCAAGAGACUCUUUUCU